AAUCGAUAUAUAGAUAUCGAUGUACCCAAUUCUCAACGAUUGUAGUUAUCAAACUUCCGGUCGAUCACAUGAUCACGAGCUGUCAUGUUCUUUAUUGUAAUUAAUCUUUGUGACACUAUACUGUGAUCAGCAGUCGGGUACGUGUAUAUUGUAGUCGAGUGUAGCUAAGAGGACAACUCGCGAUGGCUUCCGAAUACGAUAAACCUCCUCCUUAUACCCCAACACCUGCAGCUCCAGCAGCCUAUGGCAACAAUCCUUUACCUCCUGGAUAUCAGCCAUAUCCAGGACCCAGUGCCCCGCUCCCAGGGCAGUAUGUACCAGCGUAUGGAGCUACAUCUAUCACUGUACAAUCUACACCUGAUAUCAUAAUCGUUGGGGGAUGUCCAGCUUGUCGGAUUGGAAUGCUAGAAGAGGAUUAUACCUGUCUUGGAAUAUUUUGUGCAAUCUUCUUUUUCCCACUGGGAAUUCUGUGCUGCUUGGCAUUGAAAACCAGAAGGUGCUCACAUUGUGGAGCAUAUUUUGGUUAAUUCAUUCAUUUGCGCAGGAAGUUUGAGACUGAAUUCUCACUGAAGUUAUUAUUCCUGUACAUGUCACUCUCACCAUGCAAAAUGGUAAUUAAAACCAAUGAAGUGUUUACUUAAGAUUAAAUGCAUAUUUUCUGUUUUGUUGUAAAUUUUAGUUUGUUACACAAUGUGUGUUGUAUGAAUCAAUGCCAAUAAGUUUACCCACUGAAGAUACUGUUAAUUUACUUCUCUGUGGAAUUUGGGUGUUAUUUUAUAGGAUAUUUGCAUUUUGUAAUCUAUGGAUAGAUUAUUUUUAUUCUACAAGAUUUAUGUGAACGAAUGUAGAGAGAAAUUUUUAGGUAUAUUAUUGUAAGAAUUCUUUAUAUUCUCUCUUAUAUAUUAUGUAUCCUAUUGAGAUCCUGCCAGGUUUAAACAUGUUAUAUAUGAAGUUGUGUGUGCUUGAUGUAAAUAAGAUUUUGUUCUCCAGCAACAUUCAUGAGAAUAAUCAAGUUGUUGGAGAUAUUAGUUACAGAAGUGGUAUUUUUACACUAAAACACUUCUACUGUAACACAUUUUAUACUGUAUAAAAAUAAAGUAUUUCCUUUUUUACUUUUUGUUUCAUUGCUUGGUUUUUCAAAGCUAAUGCCAUGAGUGCUAUUAGUAAAGAAAUUUUCAGGUACAUUUUAUAAUUUGUGACUCAGGAAUUUAUUGGGCAACAGACAAGUGG